UUUCUCUUUAAACUCUGCGGCAUCUCCCCGGCUGUGUGCGGGAGGAGGGCGGGCCGUGAACAACAAGGACCGAGCGGAUCUCGGACAGAAUCCGUUCACUGAUGCGACAUGACGCCGCGGAGCCUCGACGGAUCCUGACGCGGGUGUUUUUGCGCAGCGCCCCUAACCCGGUUUGCACCAAUUGAAUUUGCGCAUGGCACCGGGGGAAGGGCCGAGCCUGGACACUGACCUCGGGUAAACUCUCGUUGGACUUUUGGAGAGAUUCUGCAGAGGUGCGUGCGUGUGUGUGUGUGUGUUGUUUUUGCGCAGAACGGAGGGUCAGUCUGGCGCAACGUGCCCAGAUGAAGUGACGCGGCCGGCGGCCGAGCGACUCCACCGUCAUCCGGGGGACGCGUCCGCUGCGCCCCUGCGCGUUAGCGGGGCCACGAUGAUGAUGAUGUCACUGAUCGACCUGGACGACGAGCAGCGAUGGGUGCCCACGCACGUGAAUGUCACCGUGCUCCGCGCGCGCGGACUGCGCACCAAGGGCAAGCACGGCAGCCGCUACCUGUACACCGUCAUCCAGCUGGCGAAGGACAAGUUCACCACGGGGCUGGUGGAGAAGGCGGACGUGCCCGAGUGGAGCGAGGAGUGCUGCUUCGAGCUGCUGCCCGGCAUCCUGGAGGACGGCGGCCGCGGCGCGUACCCGCCGGGCAGCGGGGACCUGGUGCUCACGGUCAUGCACCGGGUGCUCAUCGGCCUGGACGUGUUCCUCGGGCAGACCGUCGUCCCCCUGGACAAGAUCUUCCACGACGGGACGUGUCCGAGAGACGAAUGGUUCAAGCUCCACUCUAAGGCGGGAAGGAAGGAGAAGGAGCGUGGCGAACUCCAGCUGACCGUCCAGUUCACCCGCAACAACAUGACAGCCAGUAUGUUCGACCUCACCAUGAAGGACAAACCGCGCUCCGCCUUUGGGAAGCUCAAGGAUCGCGUCACGGGGAGGAAGAGGGGGGACGUGGAGUCUUCGUCGGCCAUCGUGCCGGGCCGCUACGCCGCCUUGUCGGGAUCCCUGGGGCAGCCGUUUGGAGAGGAGGGCGGAGGAGGAGGAGGAGUGCUGGUGGUGGAGGCACGAGAUGCGGAGAUAGCGGGGGAGAGGAGGAGCAAGGUGAAAGAUUUCUUCAAAGGGAAGCUGCGCAAGUCGUCCGACACCAGGUCGUGCUCAUCGCUGGCUUCAGACAGUAGUCUGUCUUCCAUGGCCAGCGAUAACCCCGGCGCUCCGCCCAGUCUGGAUCUGCUGUCAGACCCCCCCAGCUCGCCCAUCUACACUAGCAAAGUGAGAGUGGACACCCACUAUGGAGAGGCAGAUUUAGCGAAAAAAGUGCUCACCAGCCAGCACACCACAAAGGUUCUCACGCACAAGCGAGCCCUGAGCGACGAAGCUAGCAAGAUCAGCACAGCCCUCCAUCGAACAAACCUCGCGGUGGAGUCGCUCAAGGGUCAGACCAUGACGCAGUCCAAGUCUUCCUUGUGCAUCAACGGAAGCCACGUCUACGACUCCGAGCCAUCGUCUCCGAGGAGCGCAGGAUCCCUCCCGUCCAAGAUGGUGCUGGAGAAAUGCUCCCCGCUCUCUCGGUCCCUGCAGAACCUCACCAGGAGAAGUGAGGACAAAGGUUCCUUCGCUGAGGGCCGCCGCUGGUCCUUUGACAAGACGAGGAAAGAGGAGAGGGAGGAAGAGAAGGGAGCUCGGGCUUCGCUCCCUCCAGAUCAGCAAGCUCAGACGGGCGGUCCCCCGACGCCGGCGGAGGUGCUGAAAGUCUCCUCUGCUGCCGAUUCGCCGGAAAAAGGCCGGAAGCUGAGAAAGUCGCUAUUCUCUGGAGGGAGGAGUGAAUCUCUCCCGGCAAAGUCAGAGCCGAACCAGGCUGCUUCAGCAUCUGAGGGGAGGCUCAGAGGCUGGUUCGGCUCCGGCGACUCGCAGAACAAGCCGAGGCUGGAAGUUUCUCCUAAGGUAGAAAGCAGCUCAGAUGUACCCCCUCCCCUCCAUCCUCACUUCCCUGCCCCGCCUCAGUGCGCCUCCCCCUCUGGUCAUGUCCCACCUGGGGACUGCAAUCAGUCUCAUCCCCUCACUCCCUCUUCCUCUCCAACCUCCACUCCCACCCCCCCCUCCAACCCUUUCCUCCCCCAUAUGCAGCGCAACCCCUUCUUUGAGGAGCUCAUGGCCGAAGAGUCACAGAGGUCCCCUCCUUUUGCACCUUGCUCCUCUUCCGGCUCGUCCCCCUUUCAUUACACCACUCUGCCCUCCCAGCCCUACCCACCCGGCCCUGCUCACAAUGUAAAUGCCGCGAAUGUGGCUUCCAUCAGGCGGGAGCGCCCCAGGUCAGUAGCUAGACAGAUAUCUCUCCCUGCAUUGUUACCCAAAGUAGGCGGACCAAACCACCCAGCCCCUCGCCCCAUGUCAGAGAGAGCAGGAGAAUGGGAUGACUUUUUCGAUGCUUUUGCCUCCAGCAGGCUCAACUCACCUAAAGGGAGUGUUCCUCAUGAACAGCUCGGAACCAGUCCAACUUCAUCUCAACGCCAUGGUUAUGCAGUUAGUAAUCAUGCAAAAGAGCUGCAGACCCGUGAAGAGCAGCCUCCACCUUUGCCUCCAAGGAGGCCUCUAAGAACUUCAGUGCAUGAGAUUUUCUCCGACGGCUGGCUGCACAGAGGUCAGCAGCUGGCUGUCCACAAAGAAGCCUACCUCCUCUCGCAGACCGGCGUGGCCUCGCUGCAACGUGGCCGAGAGGGCGACUGCAAGAGGAACAGUACAUCUCCCGACCCGAACACGAGCAGCGAGACCUCUGACUCCGUCGGCGCUCAGUCGCAGCCCUGCGCAAACGUCACGUCGCCAGGAUUUGUCUCGGAAGAAAAGCUCAAAAGGUUCAAAUAUGAACCGUUGGAGGAUGACGCCGACUGCUGGGGAGGGAUGUUGUUCGAGCAAGAUCUGUACGGACGCAUGUGUCGAGGAAACUACGGAAAACCCAACGUGAACAAUAAUCGCUUGUCGUUGAACACUGAGGAAACUGUUGUGAAUAGCAUACACGUUCAGAACUCAGGAUCUAAAAUGCUCCUUGAUAGUGAGAUCUCUGUAAAGGACCUUUCAACCACCAGCGCCCCUAUCCCAGACAUAAAGCUACUAGAUUGUACUUCUGCCUCAGUGGCGGAGGCAGUCGAGUCUAAUCCAGCUGAAACCACAUGCAUCAACAAUAACGCACCUUUCCCAUUAACGUCGGGAGACCUGAACAGAAAUGUGAAUAAGUUAGACUUUAGUUUUAUUGAUUCUGAUGGCUCCUCUCCAUCAGAGGUCGUCGAUACUCUCAAGGGCGUCGGUAGUUUAGGCGGGUUUUACCCACGGCCAACAGAAGAUUCACUGACGGCGGUUUACCACGCGGAGACCAAACCUAAGGAGAUAUUCACUCUGAGGGACACCUACAUUCCCGAGACGAACUCUUCAUACGAAAUAACCGCCUCAUCGAGUAAACGGUGCAAAGUGUCUCCAGUUUGCACAGACCGCUGCCAGGACAACUGUCAAUGUGAGCUGAGCUCCAGGGUAAACGGCAGAGAGGUCGCGGCAUUGUCAAAUCAAACGCCCAAACCGUCCGAUCUUGAAACCGCCACCAGAGCAGAUAAAACAAGCGGUAGCAAUGAUUUUAAAAGGACACAAGAGGACUUUGAUGAUAACGGCAACCCACAAGCUAAACAGGCGGCACUCAAGCAGACGGAGUUGUUCUCCGGGGUGGUUAGCGCACGUUUUAGACCCAAAGGAGUGUCCCGACAGAACAGCCAGAGCAAAGGCGGAGACAAAGAGUUUGAGCAGUUGUUGUCCCUCGUGCAAAACAUUUCAGACGACGUACCGUUGUCGUACCAGCCCACUCAAUCGCCCUCACCGGCAUUAGAUAAACCGACAGACUUGAGAGUAGACAGCGGCAAUACGAGGUCACGAAUACCUUCGAAGGACCGCACAAGGUCGCUCCUGACGAAAUUCUGCUUAACAGGAAAACCCCCCGAGAUCAGUUUUGAAGACCUCCACGCUAAAGUGGCCCCAAACCCCAGAUCCCCGCCUGAGUCAAAGAUUGAGAGAUCUUUGCAAGAGCCUGAACCCCCUUCUCCCGCCACGCCCUCUGCGCCGUCCCUGUCGGCAGACGCGCAGGCUCAGCUCCAUCCCGCCCCUGUCUGUUGCCCCUCGAUACAUCCCUCGAGCACGGGGCCCAGUGCCGGGGCCAGCACCACUGUGGUUGUGGCCCCCUACACCUCCUCCUCCUCCUCCUCCUCCUCCUCCACCACCUCCACCACUGACCAGCCCCUGGUCGCUGCACGGCACACACUUUUGCCUGAGGAGACACAGCCAGCUAGCAACCUGCCCCGUCAGGAGAGCAGACCUCACCCAGUGAAGCCAUUAACUUCCAGCCAAUCGGAGAAGAGAGACGGCCGCUCGGUCCUGGAGAAGCUCAAGUCUACAAUCCACCCGGGACGUGCCACCCAGCCGGCCGUGGCGGAGGCUGAGAGGAGUCAGGAGGUGAGUGCGGACACCUCGGCUCAGUACCAGCACCUGACCAACAUGGAGCUGAUCUCCCUGCUGCUGCAGCAGGAGAUGGACAUGCAGAAGCAGCAGGCGGCCUCCGAGCAGCAGGAGGCGCAGCUGGGGAAAUGUGAGGCCGAGCUGAAGAAGGUCAAGGCACAGGUACGGGACCUGGAGGACUACAUCGAUAAUCUCCUGCUGCGGAUCAUGGAGCAGACGCCCACGCUGCUCCAAGUGCGAAACAGACACAAGUGAGCGCAGAGGCAGCGGCGUGUGCGCGGUGAACUGCACACGACGUGUGAUCGUCAAGAAUUCAGUUUCCCCAGUGAAAGGGUUGGAAACAGGGUCAUUGUCGAAGAUUGGGAAUCUUGGUUCUAGAGUCGAUCACAGUCAAACAAAUGCUCCACAAAUCAUCCAGGUCUUCUCACUGCUAAUACUGCCCUGUUGAUGUAGACGCCAUAUUACCCAACAUGCAUGCUGGUUACUACUGUAUCUCAAAUUGGCACGGACGAAGAGAAUUGCUUGAAUCGGAGCAAAUGCAAAUUAUUAUUUUACCCAUGCUUACUAGAAUAUUUAAGGUAGCCAGCUUUCGUUGAAGCUGCUUUCACAUAAUAGAUACUAUCAAGAGAAAAAAACUUUUUCUUGGGAAGUGCAUCAAAUGUGCUCUUCAGGGAUUUAAAAAUUCACUGCUGGUAAAACAGGAGGUCAGUUCCAGUUAAUAAAGCAGCCUUUGAGGCGCGAAAACAACAUUUUGACACAAGAUUUUAAUCUCAUCCAGUUUCACGAGAUGCCAAGUGCACAAAGGUUAACUUGACCUAAUUACAUAUUUAGUAGAAUUUAGCAAAUGGUACAAAAAGAAUGCAUCAUAAACUGCUGCUCUGCAAUACCAAAAUUAACAUUGCUGUAUGAUAAAAACAAUAUUCAUGUUUGUGCUAGCAAAGGCUAAAGAGGAUGAAGAUUUAUUGUUUGCAUCUUUUGUUUUGUUUUCAUUUUUUCUCAGUUUCUUAAAUUUUUAUUUUCUUGUUACACUAAAACUAAGAGAACGUUUUAAUAUAUUUUAUGUUUUUUAUCCAUUCUGCCAUUUUGCUUUGUUGAAAAAGCAGCAUAUUACCACAAAAUAAAUACCAAAUCAUCAUUGUAGUUAAUAAGAAUUAAGUUAUUUCUAUCAAAUACUUUAAUGAUAAUAUAUUCUCUAACACCACUCCAGUACCACUGUAGCUACUUGCAAUGCUUUAGAUGACCGCAGUACUGUACUGUGAUAAAAAUAAAAGUGCACAUGAAUCAGU